AGAAAGAAUGAACGAAGAGUAAAGGAAUGAAAAAAGAGAAAAAGAAAAGAAGAUAAGAAAGAAAAGAAGAAAGUGUACAGAAGAGACAGAGAAGCACGUUGAUGGUACGAGUGCAGUGGCCUGGAGUGUCUUGGGGGGUUGGUUUAGAGGGGAAGAGAAGGAAGGGGUUGUGGAUCGAUAUAGUUACGGGGGUGUCGUCCGGCUUCCUCUAUAUCGUACGCCGCCUUGCGGUAGAAUCGUGAACCUCAAACGACACCCAGCCAGUGUAUAUGAUGUAUCAAGCGACCCUCGUCAGGAAGAACGAGAUCCACGUUGCCUGGUGGUGGUGUUGGUGGUGGAGCUGGUGCUGGUGCUGGUACUGGUGCUGGUGUUGGUGUUGGUGCUGGUGCUGGUGCUGGUGCUAUUGCUGGUGCUGGAGUUUGUGUUGGUGUUGGUGGUGGUUGUGUUGGUGGUGGUAGCAACGAGCCGGCACUGAUCUCAGAGCUCGUGUCUUGUCUCAGUCAGUCAGUACGCGGAGAAACAGCCAUCUGAUCGGUUGACCAAUUUGAUCGUUGAUUCUUUGCUAACGUCUCGUUACGCAUUAUACCAACCGAACACUGAAUUUGUUUAGUUUGAACCUUCGGUGCUAAUUCGUUCUAACAUUCGACAUUCGUUUCGUCAAUCUUUUCCUCGUUUUUCUUUUUCUUUUUCUUUUUCUUCUCCUUUUCCCAUGCCUCUCUUCUUUCCUCUCUCGAUAAGAAGUUUAGUCUUUGAAUAAGAUUGUUGAUAAGAAUAAUUAUUAAAUAAAAUUUCACGCAGCAGCAUAUACAAAAAUAAUGGCAACGAAAAGGUGGACUAUGAAAAUAAAAAACAAUUUUUAAUUUAACAAUACAAGUGUCGUUUUGGAUGGCUUGCAAAAGAAAACGGAAAAAGUCGAAGGAGCAAAGUGUUUAAAGGAACGGAAAAGGGAAAACAAAUAAAUAUUUAUCGUCGGCGAAUAAUCACGUCGGAAUGACGUAGCACCGAUAAAAAGAGUUCGUAAAAGAAUCGAAAUCGGAGAAGAAUUCGUUAUUGUAAAUUGCAACGAACAAGAAAUAAAAAAAGAAAACGCAAUGCGGUAGCAUGCGUAGAAUUUGAAAUUUUUUGUCGUCGCGUUUUAGUUUCGGUUUUCUUUUUUUUUCUUUUCAUUUUUUCUUUCUUCUUUUCUUUCUUCCUUUCGUUCUUUCUUUCGUCCAUUCUUUCUUUCUUUUUACAUUUUCUUUCUUCUUCAAACGAACGAGUGACGACGAGAGGAAAAUUAUCGAAGCCUCGUCGAUUACGUUGGCGAUGAUCGGAUACAAUCAGCACAAUUCAGGCUACAACAAGCUGUUCACUCAGGGCUCGGCGGACUCGAACUACUCACAGCCGAGCUCGGAUCUCUCGCUGGACGAGGAGAAGGAGAACUUACGACGUGAGAAAGAGAGGCAGGCCCUUAAUCAACUAGAAAAAGCCAGGACGAAACCGGUAGCGUUCGCAGUGCGGACAAACGUGAGCUAUGACGGAUCCGCCGACGAUGAUUCGCCUGUCCAUGGCUCGGCUGUUAGCUUCGAGGUCCGAGAAUUUUUGCACAUCAAGGAAAAAUAUGACAACAACUGGUGGAUCGGGAGGCUCGUGAAAGAAAAUUGUGACGUCGGUUUUAUACCAUCCCCAGUGAAAUUAGAGGCACUGAGAUUGCAGGCUAGCGCAGCACGUGGUACAAAAGGUCUCUAUUCAGCACGAGGAGGGUCUUCAGGGAACCUUGGCGAGAGUGGUAUGCCUUCACGUGGUUCCACGCCACCUACACCAGGUGACGAUAACGACAGCGUUGGAAACGUAAGACCAGGAAAAGCAACCUUGACAACACCUCCAGCCAAAGAAAAACGAAAGAAUUUCUUCAAGAAGCCGGAGACAACGACACCUUACGACGUUGUACCUUCUAUGAGGCCUGUUGUCCUCGUUGGACCAUCUCUGAAGGGCUACCAGGUGACGGACAUGAUGCAGAAGGCACUUUUCGACUUCUUGAAGCAUCGAUUCGAAGGAAGGAUUAUUAUAACAAGGGUGAUGGCCGAUAUCUCAUUAGCAAAAAGAUCAUUACUUAAUAAUCCCACCAAAAGAGCGAUCAUGGAGAGAUCGACGAGUAGAAGUAGUUGUUUGGCAGAGGUUCAAACAGAGAUCGAGAGGAUCUUUGAGCUGGCGAGGACACUUCAGUUGGUAGUUUUGGAUUGUGACACGAUCAAUCAUCCAUCGCAAUUGGCGAAAACCAGUUUGGCACCUACAAUCGUAUAUUUGAAGAUCUCGUCGCCCAAGGUUUUGCAAAGGUUGAUCAAAACCCGUGGAAAAUCUCAGAUCAGGCAUUUAAACGUCCAAAUGGUGGCGGCAGAAAAAUUGGCGCAAUGUCCGCCGGAAAUGUUCGACGUAAUCCUCGAUGAAAAUCAAUUGGAGGAUGCUUGUGAGCAUGUAGCCGAAUAUCUCGAAGCUUAUUGGAGAGCUACCCAUCCUCCGGUAAUUGCAGCGGUACCACGUGCAAUGCCGGCACCUGAUGCACCAGUCGACGCGUUAACUCCUCGCGUAACACCAGGUGCCCAUCACGAGAGUUACUACGGCCACGAGCCAAGAGGUUCGUAUAGUGGCAGCGGACACAUGAGUGGCGGCACGAGAAGAUCACGUUUGGAAAGGAUGGAUCGUGAUCGUCUGGAUCGUGGAGAACAUGAUUAUGGUACCGAAGAGGAAUCAUACGUGGCUGAUUAUGGGAGUGCGUCGAGACGUCGCCAACAGCAAGAUUCGCGCGCUCUUAACGCCAUUUAGGAGCUGGGGCCCCGGGGCCUGUCGCUACAGCGCUGUCCCUACCUGCGCACCACCGCCCUUUAGUGUGUGGGGUCGCAAACAACCCCUUGCGCUAAAAAAAAAUAAAAGAAGAAAAAAAUAUACAACAACAACUCUUUACAAGCUAACCGAACGUCCGAAGCACGCGGGGAGCGAGCCGAGUCUCUCUCUCUCUCUCUCUCUCUCUCUCUCUCUCUCUCUCUCUCUCUCUAUCUGUAUCUAUCUAUCUAUUUCUCUCUCUCUUUCUCUCUCUAUCUAUCUAUUUAUCUAUCCAUCUAUCUAUCUCUGUCACUGGGGGCUGUCAACGAUUUUCCUCUUUCAUCCAACAAAAUCAGGAAACUACUGUACGCAUAAAGGCAGACAAAUUUAACACGUACAUACAUACAUACAUACAUAGAUACAUACAUACAUAUGUGCAUACGUACAUACAUAUAUACACGAACUAAAAUAUGCAAGUAUAUAUAUAUAUGUUUGUACAUGUGAUUGAUCAAUAAUUUAAUUACGAUAAAAUGAAAUUUAUUGGAUCAAUUCAAUAUCUGAAAAUUCUCUUUAAAAAUGUUAUGAUAAUUGAAUUGGUUCAUAAAUUUAUAUAUGUAUGUAACAUUUUAUUGUAAUUAUAUAGAUAUGCAUAUAUAUAUAUAUAUAUA